GCAAGCGUUUAGUAACAUCUAUGAGAUGCUUCAACCCGGCGGAACCGUGUUUAUACAUUUGGUAGCCUCUCAUGAUAUAUUUGAUGUUUUCAAUCAAUUAUCGCAAAAUCCCAGCUAUGCUUCCUACAUACCGGACAAGAAAAGGCUUGUAUCGCCAUUUCAAUAUUCAACCAAUCCUCAAAAAGAGUUGAGAAAAAUAGUUAGAGACGUCGGUUUCCAUAUUCUUCAUUGUAGUCAUCGGGAAACAACCACUAUGCAUAUAGAUUCGCACAAAUUUCUGUCUAUGAUAAUGUCCUUCAUGUCGUUUUUGGAUUACAUGCCGCAAAAAUUGAAGACAGAAUUUAACGAGGAAUUCGAGAACGAAUAUAUGAAGAGAAAAGUGAUUUUUAAAAGACGUCAACAUAAUGAGGAGCAAACGAUCAUAUUAGAUAUGUAUCGAGUUUUAAUAGUUUAUGCACAAAAAUGAAGAUCGCAUACGCAGAAUUAUCGCAGCAUAAAAUAUGCAGAAUUCAUUGACACA